CCGCGCUUUUCUCGAGGCGCGCGCGUGUAUUACGUCAUAAUCAGGCACGCUGCUAUGACUACUUCUUCACCUUUCCUUUCCAAGUGCCCAAUUUAAUUCUGCAGUAACAGAGCAGCAUGGAAAAUGAUAAGACCCAAAAUUCCAGAGCAGAGGGCGACGAAAAUAACGGUAACACUUUGCAAAACUAUGAGAUAGAGGACUGUUUCCAGGGCAAACAGUUCCAAGCCCAACAAGAGCUACAAGAAGCACAAGCGGUACAAGAGAUAAGUGGACCUAGUCAAAGUAUAAAUCAAAUGUCAUAUUUUCCCUCAAGAUUUUUCUACCAAUAUUACAUGCCUCCCAACGUCUCCCGAUCGCCUUUUGAUGGUUGUGGAAUGUACGGAGACAUAAACGAUGUGUUGGCCGCUGAGUACCGACGAAGGGGAGACAAGAGACGACGUUGCAGAACCGUUUUCAGCACAGAACAACUUGCAAUUUUGGAAGAAGGAUUCCAGAAGCAACAUUUCCCUGACAACAAGUUGCGCCAGGCUAUCGCAACCAGGGCUGGCCUGCCAGAGGACCGGGUACAAGUUUGGUUCCAGAAUCGGCGCGCCAAAGAAAAGAGGCUGUUGGUGGAGAGAAAGAUGAAGGAAAGGCAAGCACAGGAAGAAAGAACCGCUAACGAUGACAGUAACGAGACCUUGCAAGCCAUACAAUCCCUGGUGACUAGUUCCGAGAAUAGUCAGCAAAGAGAAGGGACUGAGAAUAGUACAGCAGUGGCGUCAACUAGGACUUCUUUAGACGAACCACAAGAAGAGAAAUCCACGCUACUACUCCUCAACACCCAACAAGCCACCACCUCCCACGUGACAAGCACGUGCACAGGCACGCAGGAUUUACGUGAUAGCCAUAUAGCAAUCAGCCGCAUCUCCGAUGAUCAAGGGUUCUAUGCCCAUCCGCUUUCUACAAUCGAUCAUUCCAAAUUCUUUUUUUCAACACUCAGUGCCCAGAACGCCGCCACAGGGUGCCCAAAUGGCACCGAAGGCCUGCCAAAGUACAUAUUUGGUGACUAUGGCGAGUUCACGUCUGACCAAUCAGGGUUCGAGGUUGGUACGGCCGCUGUACACCACGUGGCAGACCCAGAUAACCUAGAAUUGGCGGAAAACAGGGAGUUUGUUGUCAUGGAUACUGAUAAUUUCUUUGCUGUCAAUGGUGCGGGGUUCUUGGAUGCAAGCGAGGCUGUAGCAGGGGCUGAUGAAGAAACUGUGAUCGAGGAACUAGAACGAUCAACAUAGAUGGAGUAAUUGUUAAUUGUAGAUUGACUGGGGCUGAAAGCUUUAACGUUUCUAACGAGAAACAGGCGUGCAUAAGUGAUAGCUAUUGGUUGUAGGUUUUGCAUUGAAUGAUUUGUUAACCGUUAUAUUCUGCUUUAAUAAAUAUGUAUUCGCUGAG